AUGUCUAGUAUACGUAUAAGGUCGAGAAAGGCCACACCAUCCGAUUGCUUAUACUUUUUGAGGCCCGAAAUCGAUGUUUGUGUGCUCUCAACAUCUCACGAAUCUGAAAACGAAGACAGUGAAAAUAAUCCCGAGCCCGUUUGGCUAGAUGCAAGACUAAGAUCCAUCGAGCGAAAAUUACCCCACGGCCCCACAUGCGAGUGUCGGUUUUACGUCAGCUUUUACGUCGACCAAGGCCCCGACCUCAUGCUCACGAGCAAGAGAAUAAGCAAGGACACAAUCCUAGUAAACCUCGACCGGAUCUCAAUUCUCCAAAGGCUCGAACAAAAGCCGUCUGAAAACGAGUACUAUCGUUGGGCCUUUUCUGAGGACUGUCCGUCCGUCCACAACUUCAAAUUGUUCUGCGGAGCGUUCUCAUCCGACCUCUCGUGGCUCGUUGUUGCAUCCUUCGCCAAACGAACCGAGUUUAACAUCCGGUCGGUAAACAAUCGCAUCGUUUACGAGAUUUCCGAGCACGAACCUGAGGUGGCUCAAAUGGGCCCCAACGACCGGGCCUACGGUUUGGGUUUCAAAAUGGAGAACGACGUCAUGACACCUGUCGUCUCUGAAAUCGAUCUUUCCGGAGAAUGGGACAAAGACGGGCAACCAACGUCGUUCGAUUUGAUCGAGCUGCGAAGGUCAAAACGGCGAAUCGUGCGACCCGAUCGUUAUUUGGCGUGCGACAAUCUCCCGGAUUACGAGCUCGAGGUGACCCGAUUGGGCGAGGGAAAGUCACACAAGCUCGAAUACGACGACAGCUCGUCUGACGAUAAUGAUGAAAACGACCUUGACUACGACAUGCCGCUCGCGCUUUCCGUACAGGAAGAAGACAACGAGUUCAAGAGUCGUGACGGGGUCGAGAAAUGGAUAAGGUCGUACAAGAGGAAGCUCAAGGAAGCUAAACGGAAAUACAACAAAUCGGGCAAGUGGAAAAAUCUUCUAAAAGGAAGAAAAGAUGGAGAAAAAGAAGAAGAGCUUGCGAUUGUCCCGACUAACCCUUCCCCCUCCUCGGAAAAAGACUCGUUUUUCCUCGGCAAGAAUUUUCGGGAGCCCAAGCCCCGGAAAGACGACCCAAACAGGAUACAAGAAUUGGUGGCGAGGUACUUUAGCACGAACUGGUCAACAUCAUCACACAAAAAGAAGAGGUUCGACUUUGACUUUAUGGACAUUGGGGAAAGCGCGGGGACCCGUCGGGGACCGAAGGUCACGCGCAGGAAAUACCAUCGGGUCCGUAGCCAUUCGACGACUCUGAAAAGCGACUGCUUUUACGUGAGGGAGAGCAUUUACGAUGUGAGAAGCUUCCGAAAGGGGUCGCAUACCGCGCAGUUGUGCAGGGAGUUGAUUAGGACGUGUAUGAAUAAUAUUGAUGCGACUCUUAGGAACGAGCCAGUUCAGCCUCCCGUGCUUAGUCAGUGGAACGAAUUCCAGUCGAACAAUGAGGCGAACAAAGCAGAACCAGAAGCCAAACAAACGGCGAAUAAUGACGAGGAGUUAUCGGAAGUCGAUAUGCUGUGGAAUGAAAUGGAUGCUGCCUUGGCUUCAUGGUACAUUCUCGAUGAUAUUGAGAGGUCUCAAGCUCAGUUUACUCCCGAAGAGACAACGGCGAGCAAAAGCGAGGAGCCCAAGUGCGAGCACGAUUUCAGACUUGACGAGGAAAUCGGGACCAUUUGCUGUCUGUGCGGAUUUGUCCAGACUGAUAUAAAGGAUAUCUUUCCGCCGUUUGCCACGACGAGCACACACACGCCUCUGAACAGGGAGCAACAAAACAAAAACGAAGAAAGCGAGCACGGCACGAAGACCGAAAAUCAAGAAUUCAACAAGUUCAAGAUCCCGAUCCCCGCCUCCCCAACCGGCCCCACCAUAACCGACGACGACUCCACGAAGAAGAAAGUGUGGUCUCUCAUACCCGAGCUGAAGGACAAGCUCCGAAGCCACCAGAGGAAAGCCUUCGAGUUCCUCUGGCGCAACAUCGCCGGCUCGUUAAUCCCUUCCCGCAUGGAGAAAAGGAAAAAGAAGUGGGGCGGUUGCGUAAUUUCGCACUCCCCUGGCGCCGGCAAGACCCUCCUCAUAAUCGCCUUCCUCGUCAGCUACCUAAAGCUUUUCCCCGCCUCGAGGCCGCUCGUGCUCGCUCCCAAAACCACUCUCUACACGUGGUACAAAGAGAUCCUCAAGUGGAAGAUCUCAAUUCCGGUGCACCAAAUCCACGGCGGGCAAACGUACAAAGGCGAGGUGUUGAAACAGCGCAUGAAGAAAUUAGCCCACGGCUUACCUCGCAACCAGGACGUGAUGCACGUGCUCGACUGUUUGGAAAAAAUGCAGAGAUGGCUCUCUGAACCGAGCAUCCUACUAAUGGGCUACACCUCUUUUUUAACCCUAACCCGCGAGGACUCUCACUACGCUCAUCGCAAGUACAUGGCCCAGCUCCUCAAGCAGUGCCCCGGGAUUCUCAUCCUCGACGAGGGCCACAACCCGAGGAGCACCAAAUCGAGACUACGAAAGGCGCUCAUGAAAGUCAACACGCGCUUACGCAUCCUUCUCUCCGGAACUCUUUUCCAGAACAAUUUCGGCGAGUACUUCAACACGCUUAGCCUCGCGAGGCCCAUAUUCGUGAACGAGGUCCUCCGUGAACUCGACCCGAAGUACGAGAAGCGGAACAAGGAGCGGCAGACCCAGUUCUCCCUAGAGAACAGGGGUCGGAAGCUCCUCAUCGACAAGAUCUCCAAGAAGAUCGACUCCAACGGGGCCGGCGAGCGGGCCCAGGCGCUCAAGACUCUCAAGAAGCUGACGAGCAAGUUCAUCGACGUGUACGAAGGCGGGAACUCGGACGACAACAAGCUCCCGGGACUUCAGUGCUACACGUUGAUGAUGAAAUCGACGAGCCUUCAGAUGGAUAUUCUAGUGAAGCUUCAAAACCAGAGGCCCGUCUAUAAAGGUUUCCCGUUGGAGCUCGAGCUGCUGAUCACGCUCGGGGCCAUCCACCCGUGGCUGAUACGGACCACCGCUUGCUCCGCACAGUACUUCAGCUCGGACGAGCUGAACGAUCUCGAGCGGUUCAAGUUCGACAUGAAAUGUGGGUCAAAGGUUCGGUUCGUGAUGAGCCUGAUCCCGAGGUGCCUCGUACGAAACGAGAAGGUUUUAAUAUUCUGCCACAACAUAGCCCCUAUAAACCUGUUUCUGCAGAUAUUCGAGAGGUUCUAUGGGUGGAGCAAGGGCCGUGAGGUCCUCGUGCUCCAAGGGGAUAUCGAGCUUUUCGAGCGUGGCAGAGUUAUGGACAAGUUUGAGGAGCCAGCAGGGCCUUCUAAGGUGAUGCUGGCUUCGAUCACGGCAUGUGCUGAGGGAAUUAGCCUUACGGCUGCUUCACGAGUCAUCCUGCUCGACUCUGAGUGGAACCCGUCUAAGAGCAAGCAGGCCAUUGCACGGGCCUUUAGGCCCGGUCAGAAUAAAGUUGUUUAUGUGUACCAGCUGCUGGCGAACGGGACUCUGGAGGAGGAGAAGCAUAUCAGGACCACGUGGAAGGAGUGGGUCUCGGAUAUGAUUUUCAGCGACGAGCUCGUAGAGGAUCCUUCUCAUUGGCAGGCGCCGAAAAUCGAGGACGAGCUUCUGAGGGAGAUCGUGGAGGAGGAUCGGGCCACUCUUUUCCAUAAGAUCUUGAAGAACGAGAAGGCCUCGAACGUGAUCAGGGGGAAAGAUGUGUGA